UCGCGGCCUCGCGAGCUCGAAACACCCAGGCGGCCCCCGCAUCUCCUCCCAUGUCGCAGUAGGGCUGACCAAAACCCUAACCCUAACUUUCUCCUCCGACGCCCUCCUCCUGAGGCAGUAUACAUGGACGCGAAGGACAUCCUCGGGCUCCCGAAGACCCCCUUCUCGUCCUCCCAGGAGAAGAAGUCGCGGCCGCCCAAGGAGCCGCAGCGCAAGCCCGAUGGCGUCUCGCGCGAGGUCUAUGCGCUCACAGGAGGGGUGGGAAUGGCCCCGCUCAUGCCGACUGUCGAGGCAUCACACCUGAAGCGGCGGCCUGCUGCGGAGAAGGAGAAGGUAGCAUGGCAGUGGUUACCUUUCACAUCCUCUGCGCGAACUGACAACCUUCAACUCUAUCACUGGGUUAGAGUUGUUAAUGGUGUUCCACCAACUGGUGACUAUCAGUUUGCAAAAUAUAACAAGAAAGUGGAUGUUCAUAAAUACACGGAUGAGGAGUACGAGAAGUAUUUAAUUGAUCCUGCUUGGAGCAGGGAGGAAACAGAUCAGCUAUUUGAAUUAUGUGAACGGUUUGACCUUCGUUUCAUAGUAGUAGCAGACAGGUUUCCUACGUCUCGCAGUGUGGAAGAUCUGAAGAGCCGUUACUAUUCUGUUUCUCGGUCUCUUCUAAUUCACAGGGCUCGAUCAUUUGAUGAUGUUUCUGGGAAUCCCCUUGUGAAGGAUAGCUAUGAUGCUGCUCAUGAGACUGAGAGGAAGCGUGCAUUAUCAGCACUUCUCUCCCAAACUAAACAGCAAGAAAAAAAGGAUGCUGAGACUUUGGCAGAAGCAAAACGCAUUAUGGAAUCUCGUGCUGCUAGCAAAACUGUGGACGAAGCUGGCAUGCCUUCGAGCUCUGAUAAUGCUAUGGUUCCUGUUGAUGGUGUAUCUCCCUUGAGCAGCACUCAUCCUCCAUUAACACAUCCAAAUACAGCAGCGAACAGCUCCAUACCUAAUUCACUACGAACGCUUCGAGUGUAUUUGAGAACCCAUGCGCUUGACCAAAUGGUCCAAGCAGCAAGUGCUUCAGCUGGCCUUAGAGUUAUCAAAAGGGUUGAUCAGACACUACAAGAUCUAGGGGUGAAUUUGAAGCCUAAGGUUCCAACAAAAGCAGUUUGUAUAGAACAUCUUGAAUUGCGGAACGAGAUACUCACAUUGCUUAACUUACAGAAGCAGCUGCAAAAUAAAGAGGCAGAAGUUUCAGCUAACCGAGAAAGUUCCUUCACGGAGGCACCAAGCACGCCUAAGCGUUCUAAUAGAGAUAUUGAUCGUCCCUUCGUCCCUGAUACAGUUGGGUUUACAGGUGAAAGAGCAGGCAAACGGGAUCACAAGCGGAAGAACACUGGAAGAUUUAUAGAUGCGCCUCCGUCACCACCCCAAUCCAAGAGGCCUAGGAAAUUGAAGGGAUCAGACUGAUAAUGCUGUUCAAAUAGCCGAUGGAAACAUUUCAUUAGUCAAACAACCCUCACUUUCAGGCUUACAUCUAGAGAUGAAGAUGAACAAAAUAGGUCAGUUCCGGCCUUGGUGGAAGUCAGUUCAGAUUUCGGAUGGUCUGUCUUGCAGGAAUCUGCUUUCGUGGCUAGAAGAUGUGCAUGCUGUGUCUCUGGCUAUCUGCUGUGCAUCGUCUGGGCGGACCUGGAAUCUUAUCAUGGUCGUGAUAUUUGGUUCGGUUUUGUAUUUGUAAUGUAUGUCAUGUAUGUAAAGGUAACUGUGAGAUCAAAAUUGUACCCGUUCAGCUGAUUUCUGAGUUGUUGUUAGCACUGGUGAUGUUAGCGAUGUUAGCGUAUGUUGCUCUAGUUUGGCAAGCUUCUCAUAUAUGGGACCCAUAAACUUGUCAUUCCGUUUUUGGUCCUGCUCAAUAAGAGCGGUCAUCGUUUCAGUCGCCUA